UGGUGGUAGUGCAGUUUUUAGUCGCACCCGCGCGUUGUGUCGUCGUACAACGAAAGCGUGCCGAGGAAGCUAACUUCGGAGUGUUUAAAGGCGGCAAGAACUUUCGUCGUUUUUAUUUUUUGUUUUUUAUUUUUUAUAUUGGAACAGGAAGCAAGGAUAUUUUCAAAUCUUCACCGAGGAUUUUCAACGACGUCGUUGUGCGGUCCCGAUAAAAGGAUAUCGUUGUUCUUUUUUUUUUCGCAAGUUUUGAUUGUUCGGCUUCGUUUGCUUCUUUGGAUUACUCUUUCUCUCUGUAAACUCAAUGUGCAAGUUUUUAUCGCGCUGAGAGUGUGACUAAAUUACGUGGCUCAGUUUAUCGAAGGUGUCUACCGAUGUUAUAAAUUCAGUUCUGGAAUUUAACUCCGCACGGAUUAUAAUCACGUGCAUACAUACCUGGUAUAAAAUACAGAGGAGAAAAAUAUAAGUGACGCAGGUUUUUCAAGCGUUCGAUCGAUCAUGAAGAAGAACAAGGAGGACUCGAAGGGGUGAUGAAGUGGAGGCGAGCUGUAUCGUGUUAUCGUUAAUUGUUUUAAAACGCGACGAAUCUCUUCUAUGCGUGGAACAAUUACAGUGUGUGUCGAAGUUCAGAUGCAUGAAAGAUAUUGAAAAUGAAAACAGAGUACAGUGAAAGAAGGCAAUGAAGCUUUAGUUCCGGUGAAUCAUCUCAUUUGCGGAAUAUCAUAGUCAAAUGAGAAACGGAAGUGGCGGGAUUAUUAGUGUAGUGUAUCAGUAGUAGCUGAAAAUCUCCCGUUUGGAGGAACCUCCCAAAUCUACCGACAUCUUAGCGAUAUCCUGUACAACUACGGUCCCAAUGUGCAGCAGGAAUUGCAGGACGCGUUCAUGCCUGGUAGUUCGUCAAACGAGCUCUGCUCCAAGAAAGAGGAAUAACACCUCGGGAAACAAGGAGGAGAGAAAAAAUACUCGCAAAGCAAACAAUCUUGUCCGGCUUCGCCACACCGAUCCUUAAUGUAUUUCAAAUCGCGAGUCAGGUAGUCGAAGCUGACGAUCUAGCUACUGCAGCGGAAUAAGGAGCCGGAAGAACUACUCCGAGUUACCACUUCCGCUUAAGGAAACCAGAAAGAGGAGACAGAGUAAGAUCGGGGAAACAAAUUGGAAUCUAAUCGAAGUCGGAUAUUGCAUCAUUCAGUAGUGUGCAGCCUUCGACGCAAUAAAAAGUAACAAAGAUGUAUGUUCGAUAUUACGAUACAGAUCUCGACGGAAAAUUGCGUUGUGAAAAAAGUGUGGUUUGAAUAAAAAUCGUGCUUAAUCAUAUUGUGGGAAUUACUAUCAUAUCUAUAUGUAUAGUAGUCCCCUGCAUUACAGCGUGUGCGAAGAAGACAGUGGAUAGUGAUAAUAAUAGCCGAAGUGUAAUGGUAUGACUAACGCGGGAUAAGGAGAAAAAUCUAUCAGAAUAAAUAUCAUUCACCGCUAACCGUGCGCAUUUAAAAACCGCGUAUAUAUGAUUCAAUACUGUGAUAAGUGGUGUUUGUUACGAUGGUUUCUACGUCAUUUGUGACCCUAGUUUUUCUAGUCUGUUUUCAAACAGUCCUGUUGUCGACGGUCAGCAAUUGUGCGAAAACCAUCAGCAUGUAUUGGAACACGACGAACUCUAUAUUCCGCAUAGACAACACGGAUCACAUAAUUGACGUGAACAAGAACAACGCGGCGUUCGAGUUCGAUCAGGUCAACAUAAUAUGUCCUGCUUAUCCACCCGGAACGUAUGACGAUGAUGCCGAGAAGUACAUCAUCUACAACGUGUCAAAAGAGGAGUACGAGACGUGUCGGAUAACGAAUCCGAAUCCGCGGAUAAUCGCGAUAUGCAACAAGCCCAACAGAACAAUGUACUUCACGAUAACGUUCAGGCCCUUUACGCCGCAGCCCGGAGGGCUCGAGUUCCACGCCGGCAAAGACUACUUCUUCAUCAGCACAUCGUCUAAGGAUGAUUUGCACAGACGCAUCGGAGGACGAUGCACAACCAACAACAUGAAGGUCGUAUUCAAGGUCUGCUGCGGAAACGAAGCCGACCAAUCCUCCUCUUCUUCGGCGCGCAACAACUCCGUCGCAGUGACAAGCAGCACCGUUUCGACCAGCAGCUCAUCCAGCACGGCCGGAGGUGCAGGACUCGUUCCUCCCCCACCCAGUGUGAUGAAGGGCGGCGAACGGUUCUACCCUGGAACCAACGUCUACCAUAAUCAUGACCACAAUCAGCCGCAGCCAACAAUCGUCCCCCCAACCCUCCAGGAAAACGUUCCCAACUCCCCUUACCCAGGGCAUCCCCACCCGCCCGAGCAGCCACAGCAGCCCACGCUUUACAACGGGCCACCGUCGUCCUCGCCACCGAAGACAACGUCGACGCAGAAGAAGAAGAACAAGGAGUAUUCAAACCAUCCGAACGAGGUUGUGAAGAACGAGGAGCUUACGUACAACGGUGCUUCUCGACAUUAUUCGGUAUCAUCUUCAAUAACCGGUAGCGUCGCGACGCUGGCGUCGCUGCUGCUGUCGUUAUACGCGCCCGUAAUAUAUAUACCGGCGAUACCGCUUCGGUGAAGAAGUGCAACAAGAGCAAGCGGAUCUGCGCGAAGAAGCUGCAUCGGGAAUUAGCGGUUUAUAUAGGAAAGCAAAAUGUGCGCCGCCCCUCUUACCUAUACUGUGAUUGUUUCGAUAAUUAAUUAAUUAAUUAAUUUAUGUAAAUACAUAUGUGUAUGUGUAUAACGCGUAUGUAUACAUAUACAUAUAUGCGAUCCGUUGCCGCGGGGAGACGCGCGGCGUGUAUAAAAGAAAAAAAAAACCCUACCGAAUUUGAAACGAAAAGUGGUCGAAGGAGAGCAAAGGGAAAAGAAAAAACGAGUGAAAAAAUUAAAGAAAGGUGAAUCGUUGUGACGAUAUUUAUGACGGGAUAAAAAGGAAGAGAGAAAUUACAACGACGGGGGACAAUUACCCUCCAUCCCAUGACGCACCCCCCCCCCCUCCCGCCCCCCUCGUUUACGGACACGAAACAAUCUAGAUUCCAGGCAACCAAGACGGCACGCGGCGAUGUGACAGAGAUAGGGAUAAAUAGAGAAGGGGAUAUAACGAAGAUGAGACACACACACACAGAGAGAUAAAGAGAGAGAGAGAGAGAGAGGGAGAAAGAAACCGUUUACACUGAUUAAAAUUAAUAUGGAGAUAAAGGACAACGAUGUAAUACAUAAAAUAACGGAGAAAAAAUGAAAGCCAUAUUACUAUUAAAUAAUAUUAUAUAUGUAUAUAUAUAUACAUAUACAUAUACGUAUAUGUACAUACACGCACAUGUUAUCAAUCGUAAUAUGUGUGCGCAGUAUAUAAACUAUAGAUAUGUAUACAUACACAUAUAUAGGUACCUAAUUAUUAUUAUUAUUACAAUUACUAUUAUUGUUAUUUUUAUUAUUAUCGAUAUCAUAGACUACUGAGAUUGUAGCCGUUUGUUGGUUGUCCUAUUAAUUAUACAUGAACCUUUACUAUAACAAAUCCGACGACCUUAGGUAUUUAUUGAAUAUUGAACAAAAAAAAAAAGAAAUACAUGCGUAUGGAUAUACAUGUGUGAUGUAUAUACGUAUUAUAUGUAUUUAUAUUUGAAGAAACAGAAAUGUGAAGAAGAAAAAAAAAAACAACAAAAAAAAAAAUUUACACUCAACCAAGCUAACAAAUAAAAUGAACGAAAAUUAUGUAUGUACAUUGAUUAGAAGAGAUAGGGAGGCCAGGAAUCUGCAUGAAAUAGAUUUCUCUGCUUUUCCGCGGUAAAACGAGAACGGUUUUUGUGUGUAUGACGAAUUAUUCUAUGUGUAUAAUGUAGGUAAAUAUGUAGAUAAAUAUUGCAUACAUGUAUAUACACAUAUAUUACACUAUUGUAUGUGUUAAUGUAGGGUUGGGACCCGUAUAUAUACAUAUAUACGCAGUGAUGUAUACCUAUAUGUAUCAUGUAUUAUAUAUUUGGACUUUCGUUAGAUCAACUCUCUCGGUUUCAUUUUACUGCGUAAUAGUUUUGCAGUUUCCUUGUAUUUUUUUUUUUUUUUUUUCACACAAUCGUUUUUCACCUCUCGGUCACAACGAAUCGAGUCCCGGUGCGGAUGGAAAUGAAAUAGAAAUAAAUCGGAAAAAAAACGAUACUGUAAUAAGCACGCGUGUAAAUAAACUCCCCCGACGAAUAUAUGUAUAUGUAUUCGCGAUGGCCAACAUGCGCGGUAAAAAACAUACAAAUAGAGUAACAAGAGUAAAACGGUGGAGAAAAGAGGCGAGAGGGUGAGGAGAGAGAAAUAAUUAUGGCCGCAACGUGAAAUGUUCCGCAAUCGGAACGGUGACAAUGAAAUAACUCGUAGUACGUGAUGUGUAAUUGAUUGUUACAUAUAUUGUCCGCAAGUUCUGUGCAACUAUAAUGCAUAAUAUACACUUUAUCUAAGAAAAAAACGACGAAAGUUACACGAAAGGAGUCUAGAGAGAAUUGACAAAACUGUCAACGAAUAAAAAAAAAAAAGAUUCUUUUAAGA